CAUUUCAUGACCUAGUUUCGACGGGAAAACUAAGGCGUUUCACAAAUAUUUCUUGGAAAUGGAAAACGCUAGUGAUUCAUCGCCUGUUCAUGAAAGAAAAACCGAAGCAAUAGCGAAAGCCACACUUUGCAUGUCUGUUCUUGCGGUAUCUCUCCUUGAAAACGCUAUGGUUGUGCUCGUUCUGAAAAAGAAUUUCAGACGAAGUCACAUGAGGAAUGCCAACAGCUUAUUCAUUGCAAAUAUUUCUGUGGCGGAUAUUUUCUUUGCUAUUCAAAAUAUCCCGCAUGCGUACAAUAAUCUAGUGCUGAACGGCCACUGGAUUCUACAGGGAAACUUUGGAACAGUUCUUUGUAAGAUAGACAUGUUCCUUUCUGUCAUUACCAUGGUAACUGCAAACCUGACAAUUCUGGCUAUCGCAAUUUAUCGUCUUUGUGUGGUGUUCUUUCCUCUACGAAAAAUUAUCACGCGGAAGACCUGCUUCUUUAUUAUUUUUCUGACAUGGCUGGUACCAGCUCUGUUUGCUUUGCCGAUAUUUUAUUUCGCAAAAUUCAUCAGCAACGAGGGCAUCACAAUCUGUAGUCUCAAGGAUCAAGUCAUAAAAAUUUUCUAUGCAGGUUUCGCCGUAAUUCUCUUCAUGACGCUUCUUGCUAUGCUCGUUUUGUACGCAGCCAUCGGAUUCAAGCUUUGGCGUCGAAACUUCCCCAACAACGUUAGUGAAAGAGCUCGCGCAUUGAGAGAGAAGCGAAAUCGUGAGAUUUUCAAGAUGUUAAUAACUCUAAUAGUCGCAUUUUAUGCCUGUUCCUUGCCGAUUCUAACCCUUCAAUUGUCUUUCGCGCUUGACUUCUAUGUGGUUUACAGUGAAACUCGACAUUUCCGUUUCAUUGCUCUUCUAAUGCUGUUCUUAAAUGGUGCCAUUAAUCCCAUAAUCUAUAUAGUUUUCAACAGGAGUUUUCGCAGUUGUGUUAAGGAAGUUUUGUCUAAGCGCUAUUGUUGUCAACCUGUGUCUGCUUGACUUUAACUACAAAGUGGAGACCAGUUCAAAAGUAAAAUUGGUUUCAGCGGACUGUCCAAUGUCUUUAGUUAGUGAGAACAUGCUAAGUCUUGUCACUCCAACUGGUGGCUGCUACAAAGGACGCUAAAGAAUCCUUUACUUAGGUUUAGAAAAUUUGAUGUAUUGCUAAAGAAGUCUUUUCCUAGAAUUUUCUCUUAAAUAAAGAGCUUUUUUAUGAAUAGAUAAAUGCGUCUGUUCUGUAAUAGAUCUCAGAUGUCUUCA